AUGUCGUUUUGUUGUCAUAGCCCGUACACAAUGCAACAAAAACUCAUACGAAUAGAUAAAAAAGCUAGCCGGUUCGUUACACAUUGCCAAAGCUAUGAAAAAGGAAGAUGCUAUGAUUCAUGA